GUCAAGGCAGGGUUUCCCUGUGAGCUCACAGAUGUCUGGCCACCGGAACCCCUCCUGCCGCCUUCCCUCCCGCUGAGUCUGGGGUGAUCUGUCAGUUCCCUGGGGUGUUGGGGAUGGGAAAGACCCUUCCUUUGGAGAAUGUCCCUUUAUAUCACACCCAACAUUCCAUUCCACCGGCCAGAACUUGGUCACCUGACUACACCUAGUUGCAAGUGAUGCUGGGAAAUGUAGUCUUUCGUCUAGGCUCACUGCAAGGCUAAGUAGUGGGGUUCUAUUAUUACCAGAGAAAAAGGGGAGAAUUGAUAUCAAGGACAGUUAACUCCAUACUCACUUACAAAUAUUUUUCUGUCAGACCUCUGGUGGGACAAGUGGCUUAACCACCUGGACCUCAGUUUCCUCACCUUCAAGUGAGGGUGUGAGGCCAGAUAAUGUCUAACGUUAGGCAGCCUGUGUUAGACAAGAGUUUCAUUGAUGAAAAGCAGGGGUCUCUAACUGGUGGCCUCCAAGUGGCCCCUGUAGGUGCUGAGUUUGCAAGCCUACCCCGUAGGGCAGGCCUAUCACAAUUGUGCUCUCUUUCUAAGGCCUCUCAGGCCCACGGAGCAGACUCUUACAGCGGAAGAGCAGAUUCCUCGUUCUUGGAGGAAUGUUAGAAUUUUAAGGUGUGAAUCUCACCCCCCUUCCAUAACCUGCCAUGGCUCCCCAUUGCCACACAGGAGAGUUCUCAGCACUUCAGGCUGGAAAUCAAAGCUGUCCCCAACCUAGCCCUGGAUCAGCUCUCCAACCUCAGCCCCUGCAGCCCCUGCAGUCCCCAGACCACUCACAGGCUGUUGCCAGCCCCCUGGCCUUUGCUUACCUCUUCUGUCUGAGCUGCCCGGCCCUUUCCUGUCUGUUCAAGAGACAGCUCAGCCUCCUCCAGGAAGCCUUCCCACAGUUCCACAAAGAGCCCUUCCCGCUUCUGCUGGGCCAGCCCAGCCUCAGGUUCCUCCCUCUGCCCCAGCCCCACAGAGCUGGAGAGUUUGUGUCCACCUAUGUCUCUCCCCACAAGAUGGAGGACUCCUUGAGGGUAGGGCCUGGGUCCCCUAGGGCCCCAGCAUCACCCAGCGCAGGGCCAGGCUCGGUGCAGCAGCAGGGCCCCCAUGGCGUCUGGACGAUGGAGGAGCAGGGCCUGGCCCCCAAGUUCGACACCACCUUCGAGAACGCGCGGCCCACGAAGACUCACAUGGCACUGGUGCAGCUGGAGCGCGUGGGCCUCCUGCGCUUCCUGGUCAGCCAGAACGUGGACGGGCUGCACGUGCGCUCUGGCUUCCCCAGGGACAAGCUGGCAGAGCUUCACGGAAACAUGUUUGUAGAAGAAUGUGUCAAGUGUAAGAUGCAGUACGUCCGGGACACCGUCGUGGGCAGCAUGGGCCUGAAGGCCACUGGCCGGCUCUGCACCGUGGCCAAGUCAAGGGGGCUGCGGGCCUGCAGGGGGGAGCUGAGAGACACUAUCCUGGACUGGGAAGACUCCCUGCCUGACCGGGACCUCACUCUGGCCGAUGAGGCCAGCAGGAACGCGGACCUGUCCAUCACGCUGGGCACCUCCCUGCAAAUCCGGCCCAGCGGGAACCUGCCCCUCGCCACCAAACGCCACGGAGGCCGGCUGGUCAUCGUCAACCUUCAGCCCACCAAGCACGACCGUCACGCAGACCUGCGUAUCCACGGCUAUGUAGAUGAAGUCAUGACCCGUCUCAUGAAGCAUCUGGGCCUGGAGAUCCCGGCCUGGGACGGCCCCCGCGUGCUGGAGAGGGCGCUGCCACCCCUGCCCCGCCCACCCACCCCCAAGCUGGAGCCCAAGGAGGAGGCCCCUGCCCAGCUCCACAGCCCAGCGCCCGCCAGCCCCAAGCAGGAGCCCGCAGCUGAGCCCGGCGCCCAGCAUGACGGCUCCGGGCCCGCCAGCCCCAAAAGGGAGCGGCUGGACAGUCCUGCUCCCCACAGGCCCCCCAAAAGAGUGAAGACCGAGGUGGUUCCCAGCUGACCAGGGGGCCUGGGGAGGGCGGGGCUGUUUGUAGAAACCAUGGAUUCUUUUUUUUUUUUUCUUACUGGUCUCACUUUGUUACUCCUCUCUGUCCUUGUGGGAAGACCUCAGGGCGCUGAGAGCUGGGCUCCAGGCCCUGGGGCAGACUUGCCCUCCAUUGCACCUCCCUUUAGCUUGGGGCCUCUGGAGGGGGCCUGGGAAGGAGCAGCCCCCCUGGACUCUGACCUUGGAGCUGACACCCCCCCACCCCCUGUACCUGCUCCACCCCCAGGCUCCAGCCUCUGACUCAGGAUGUUCCUGGGAGGUGUGGCCAGGCCCUCUGUGGUUUCCUCUGACCCCUGGGCCCUCACACUCCCCAACCCCUGCCUACCCCCAGACAGCCUUCACAGUCCCUCCAGGAGGGAAGGGGAGGCAGGGCCAUCAUUUAGGAGGCAGACUUCAUGGCAGGACAGACAAUAGAGGCUCACACUGCCUUUGGGGCUGGAGGAGGAAGGGUGGGUCCACCUGGCUUCCUCCAGGCUUCCAGAAAAGCCUUCAAUGCAAUAAAAGAA